UGCUGCUCAGAGGCGAGAUGGGGGGCUCCGAAACCUCCUCUUCUUGAAAGGCAGGCUUCCCUGCUGCACGUGGGAAUCCGCUGACACGGGAGUCAGCCCAAAAGCAAGCCAGAGGCAGGUCUGGGGAGCAUCUCCCUUUGGCUCUCAAAGGCGUCCACACGGGCAUCUCGGGAAGAGGAGUACCAACCCGCUUGUCAUUAGUUUUUCCCACCGAAAAGAGAGAGGUGAAACCACCGCAGCUCCGUCGCACGGAUCCUCUGUGUUGAAAAAAGAAAGAAAGAAAGAAAAGAAAAGGACGAUCUACAGUCAAAGACCACCCAUUUUUCCUGUCUGUGAAAGGUUAUAAAUGAUUAGCCCCUAUGACCAACAUGAGCUGGAGCUUCCUAACCCGCCUACUAGAAGAAAUUCACAACCAUUCCACUUUUGUGGGGAAGAUCUGGCUCACCGUCCUGAUCAUCUUCCGCAUUGUCUUGACGGCCGUCGGAGGUGAGUCCAUCUAUUCGGACGAGCAGAGCAAGUUCACCUGCAACACCAAGCAGCCUGGGUGCGACAACGUCUGCUAUGAUGCUUUUGCACCGCUCUCGCACGUCCGGUUCUGGGUCUUCCAGAUCAUCAUGAUCUCCACCCCUUCUGUCAUCUACUUGGGCUAUGCCAUCCACAGGAUCGCAAGGUCCUCGGAAGAAGAGAAGAAGAGGUUCCGUGGCUUCAAGAGGAAAAAGCAGUUUGCGCUCAACUGGCAAGCCGUCCGCAACCUGGAAGACCCAUUGGGAGCCGACGAGGAAGAGCCUAUGAUAGCUGAUGAGAUUGUGGAGAUGGAAGAGAAAACCAAAAUGAAGGAAGAGAAGAAGGAGCAGAAGAAGCACGACGGCAGGAGACAUAUCCAGGAGGAAGGCCUGAUGAAAAUCUACGUCUUCCAGCUCCUCACCAGAGCCUCAUUCGAAGUGGCCUUCCUGAUUGGCCAGUAUAUGCUCUAUGGCUUUGAAGUCACGCCGUACUACCUUUGCACCCGAGAGCCUUGCCCACACAAUGUCGACUGCUUCGUGUCCAGGCCGACAGAGAAGACCAUUUUCCUCCUGGUGAUGUACGUCGUCAGCUGCCUUUGCUUGCUGCUCAACUUGGCUGAAAUGUGCCACUUGGGCAUCGGCACCAUCAGGGAUGCCAUCCGAGAGCGGAAGAUCCACAGCUUCAGGCAGCCACCCUACAACUACGCUGCCUAUCCGAAGAAUAUCGCUUGCCCUCCGGAAUAUAACCUGGUGGUGAAAUCGGACAAGCAGGCCAAGGUGCCCAACAGCCUGAUGGCCCACGAGCAGAACUUGGCCAAUGUCGCUCAGGAGCAGCAAUGCACAAGUCCUGAUGAGAACAUCCCUCCCGAUCUGUCCACACUCCAUAAACACUUACGGGUGGCUCAGGAGCAAUUGGACAUUGCCUUCCAGAGCUACAAUGGUACUCAGGGGAACACCCAGCCAUCCAGAACCAGCAGCCCCGCAUCCAGUGGGACUGUGGCAGAGCAGAACCGAGCCAACACGGCCCAAGAGAAACAAGGGGCCAAGCCCAAAGCCAGUUCAGAGAAAGGUAGUUCCAAUGGAAAGGAUGGGAAAAACUCCGUAUGGAUAUAGGGAGGCACAGCUGAAUAGGCAAAGCAGAGCAAUGUGAGGCUGAGCUGUCUUCUCAUUGAUUUGUUCCAGAGAGCUUUGGGUUCCUUUCUAAGGUCAAAAUGUUUGGGAAAAGGGCACCAAAUGUUUGCCAGUGAUGCAUUUUAGGAAUGCUCUCCAGUUGGUUAAGAAGAGGCCUCUCCUUGUCUCUCCUGCUUUCUGCUCCCAGAUGCUUCCGUCAUUCAGCAUCUGGAAACAGGGGGACUUGUUGGUCAUUCUGUGUUAAUUACUAAGGAGAAGCCACAAGGAUUUUGUCCUUGACAUGUACCAUUGUCCUCUUAGGGCAGAACUUGCGGGAUGUAGUUAUAGAGUUUGUUCUUAGACUUGAAGCUUCAGGAGAGAAAUCUCUACCACCACCACCACCACCACUCAGAAAGCACAAAAACUCCCAGUUAAUCCCCUGGCAGGAACCCUGGGAUUGUCACUCGCUUAUAUUCUCCAUUGUUCAGCUGGUUGCAUCCAGUGUGUCUUCCCUUGGCCUGGCUGGUUCUUUUAUUUUCUCUUGCUCUUUGCAAGUCUGUCCUUUCUAUGGUGCAUCCUUUGCUGGCCCAUCCAUUUUUUAAAAACAUAAAUCCUUUUCUUAGGGACCAUUUGUCGCCUACAGCUCCCUGACAUCUUGUUCAUGCACACACUGGAAUUCGUAUCACUUCCAGUGGCAACCUCCCUACCCUUCCACCUGUCACACUUCUGCCAAGGCCUGGAGCUCAGAUGGUGGCAUCAUGCGCCAUCUCCUGUUGUCCAAGGAGAACUGCUGUGAGCAUUCAACACCCAAAGUCAUCCUUUGUGAAGGUAGUCAUGUUCAUACUAAGCAUCUGUAUGUCUCAACCAGAUACCCUCCUGCUCUGUGCACUCAAAGGUUUGUUUUCAUCACUCGAAUAAUCCUUAAUUAAUGUCUAACUCUUUGGGUGUGGAAGAUGACUAUUGUGAUAGCUUACAAUAAUGCUCCGAAUGGCGGACUGUGCUCACAAAACCUCUGGAUUUUGGAAAUGGUGCCCUAACAUGUAUACAUGGUUGUGUUGCAACUGAGUGAAGGCUUCUCUAGCUCGAGUCAGUUUGCAACAAAAAGGAUGAGUCUUGGGACCUCCAGCGCUCUCUAUUUCGAUUGUUGGCUUCAGUGGAGUCUCAAUUUCAUCAGUGCAUGGCAUUUGUUCUUCUGCGCAUCACUGAGAAGCACACAAGGAUCUAAGAACCAUUUUGCAGUCUUGUCGUAAAGGUGUUGUGAUUGGUGGGAGAUGUUGUGAAACUUCCUUUGACUUUUGUUCUGUACAAAAUGACUUUCCUUUCCUUUUGCCAGAGCACAUCCUAAACACAAAAGUGCCUUUAAGUAACACUGUGAGGAGUGAGUGACCAAAGACUUCCGAUUAUCUUGGUUGUGUCUUUGUGUAGGCACGUUGGUGCUAACAAGAAGCUAGCCAUGGCUCUUAUGGAAUAAAAGUCCUCUAUGGUGCUUUCCAAAAUCACAGCCAUGAGUGAGAGUUUGGGAAGACAAUUCUCCCAAAUGGGGCAUAGCUCAUGAAUGGGAUACUUUCCUUUCACAGCUUUAGGGCUAUCCUUGUCCUUUGGGCCCAGGAUAGUGCCUUUCCUGAGUGUUGCUGGGAUUUACCACGAUCAGAACAGCAAUCAUAAGAUGUAAAAAGAGGCCUGCCAGAUCAGACCAAUAAUUAUCCAGGCUAGCAUUGGGUUUUGAAGAGUAGCCAGACAGAUUCUUCCGGGUCCUCACAAGCACACUAUACAGCAUGUGGAUGAACUUUUUGGUUUGCUCAAAACCUUGGGCAGAAAUAGCUUUUUCAAGAUUAGUGAUGACUGUGCUAGUGAAUUCUCCUUCUCCAAAUAUCACUCCAUUCCCCUAACUAUCGCCAAGGAACUUAACCCAACUAACACUUCCCUUUGUCCUCUUCCACCAAUUCAAGCAGGUAAUUCUAGUCUUGAGAACUGUGGAUUCCUGGUGGCUUUCAUGUAAGUGGAGAAUCCACUUUGGACUUUAGUCUGAACUUUUAAAGAGCCAGCCAAGAUGUUGAACUUUGCCUUGAGUAUCUCUUUCGAAAUUCAAACUUAAACCCAUAGUGGAUUCACCACAGAGCUGACAUGGAAGCCACAGAUGGCCACUACAUUUGGGCUAGACACUAAUGGAGACAGUGAUGCCAAAAAUUGCCAAUCCUCUCAGCAUUUCACCAUUGCAGCCAGGGACUAGGGAGAAGUGUUUCAAUCAGAAUGAUGUACAGUGCACCCUUGAUAUCUGCUGGGGUUUGGUUCCAUGGAUGCUCACGUCCCAUUACAGUCGGCCCUCUUUAUCCAUGGAUUCGUUAUCCACAGACUCCACCAUCCAUAGCUUGAAAAUAUUUAAAAGUAUAAAAAUUCCAAAAAGCAAACCUUGAUUUUGCCAUUUUCAUAUAAGACACCAUUUUACCACGCCGUUGUAUGCAGUGGGAGCUGAGCAUCCACAGAUUUUGGUAUCCACAGGGGUUCCCAGAAGCAAACCCCAGCAGAUACCAAGGGCCCACUGUAUAUAAAAUGGCAUAGUAUAAUGGUGUCCUUUAUUUAAAAUGGAAAAACCAAGGAUUUUGCUUUUGGGAAUUAUUUGGGGUGUGGGGAGGAAUAUUUUCAAGGCAAGGAUGGUUGAAUCUGUGGGUGCAGAAUCCGUGGCUACGGAGGGCCUAUUUGUGGAUCCACUGGGGUCCUGAAGCCUCUUUAAAUAAUAAUAAAGCAUUGGAGGAAUAAGGCAAUGACAUACUGAAGUAGCUGUGAGAGAAUAUCUUCUCAUUUUGCACGACUAGGGGAUUCCUUAUUUUAUAGGCAGCCUUUCCUUUCCUAAAGAAAUAGGUUUUCUACAAGCAAAUCAUAUCAUGUUGGUCAGCAGACUUGGAUUAAAGUGGGUUUCUUUCUUUUUUUAAGUCUAAUUCAUAUUAUAGUUUUGAUACAGUACUCAGUAGGUUAAAACCACAAUAUUUUAUUGGUCUUACUGACUGGUAUUGGAGGCAUUCCUGAAAUAUAUCAAGACGACAGCAAGUUUAACCCACAAAACGAUGAAGAUGCUGCAGAAGUUGUGACGCUACUAUGCCCCAAUGCUUUCUCCAUAUCAGAAGAGUACGAGUUACUUCUCAUUACAAACUCCCAUCAUAGCAACCCUUCAGAAAAUAGGGAGAAAAAGCCUUCCCAUGUACUCUCAAGACUUUCCCAGGCGUUUUCUUCAAAUUGGAGGCUGUCAACUAAUGUCCCGCUCCAAAAUGGAGGACAGGAAUGGAAAGCAGAUUGGAAACGAGGGAGACUUUCUGCCUUGUAGAGAUAAAUCAGGAUUGAGGAUCUUUAGGUCCUUUCUGGCUUGUGUUCCUGUAGAGAGAAAUCCAUACAAUGGGCCCUUGGUAUCUGCUGGGGUUUGGUUACAGGACCCACUGUGGACACACCAAAGUCCAUGGAUGCUAAACCCCCAUUAAAUAAGAAUGGUGUCCCUUAUAUAAAAUGGCAAAAACAAGAUUUGCCUUUUUUUGGAAUUGGUAUAUUUAAAAAAAUAUUUUCAAGCCAUGGAUAGUUGAGUUUGUGGAUACAGAGGACCAACUGUACAAACGUAGGCAAUUCCUUCUACACAUCAGUGCAGCUGUUGUGAACCCUCUGCGUCAGGAAUAAACUCUUCUAGAACAUGGCCACAUAGCUCGAAAAACCCACAAAAAAACUAUGUAUGCCAGCCAUGAAAGCCUUUGACUUCACAAUCCAUUACACUGUCUGGAGCGGUGGUUCCCUCAAACUUUGGCCUUUAAGAUAUUUUUAACUUCAGCUCCCAAAAUUCCUGACGGUUGGCCAAGUUGGAUGGGCUUCUGGGAACCGGAGUCCAAAACACCUGGAUGACCAAAGCUUGGGAACCAUUGGUCUGGAGGAGUCAAAGGCCAUAAGAAGUCAUGAGGGCCACAUGUGGCCCCAGCACUGCACCUUGCCCAGGUCAGGUUGCUAGGUAUAUUAGCUACUCCAUGUCACUGUAUGUCGGAAGGCAGAAGUUUCCAUUCAGAAGUUUUCCAAACUAUCAGUUGCAUUAAAACACAGCCCAUAACAGCUAUCUGUAUUUUAAAAUAAUAAUAGUAGUAAUCAAGACUCCUUAGUUUUUCCUAUACAGUAAUUCCUCCAUAGGCAACACUUGUUCAGAAACAUGGCAAGAUCCUCCUUGUAGUUCCUAGACUUUUGUGGGAAUAUAGCUUGCAAAUGGUUUUGCGUUUAAAAGCCAAAACAGAAUGAAAACCCAAACGACUGUCGCUCACAUUCCAUUCCGCUGGGAAAUACUUGAAAGCAACUCAAUGUCCAUAAUCUUAUGUUGUGACGAAGUUUCCACACUUUGGGGAGGGAUGAUGUCUUUUUAUUUUUCUUCUGUACUAACUUACAAGUUGUAUGAAAAAACAGGCUGAGUGUAAAACUGACCCGUGUCUCUGUAAAUAGUUUUCGGCGUAAACGUUGCGCCUGGUUGUACUUAGGACAGAACAACAGCAAGACAAAAACUGUGGGACGUUCAAUUCCGAUACUAAUAAAAUGGAAUAAAAACA